AAAAAAACACUACUUGGCUGGAUUUCCAUAUGUUUCCCAUUUCUUAACUUUUUUUUUUUCCCUCUCUCUCUUUUUUCUUUUCUCAUUUUUUUUUUUCUUCUUUAUUAUAGAUACCCCCAACAAAUUCAAAUAUGGAUGAACAAACAAGUGUUUUUGUUUGUAAAGGAUGCUUCUCUUUUGGUGGAAAAGGUAGGACCAUUGGUGUUUAUUCUGCUGGAGCUUUGUUUGCGAUGGCAUGGUGGAUCUUUGUGGAUGGUCUCUGCACUAGUGAGACUGGUUUGGCAGGAUUUGAAGACUGGGCUGGAGGUAUUACUACUACGUUUGGUCUGAUUGUUAUCAGUUUGAUUGAUAAAGAAGCACUUCGUGGCACUGACUAUGAUGAUCAUAUCCCCUGGCGUGCACGGUUAUUCCUAUUUCUCGGAUUUGCUUUUAUGGCUGGUGGAUUAGCGGGUUCCGUGGCUGUAUUGGUAGUCAAGUAUACUUCACACAUGAUCGAGCCUCCUGUUCCUUAUCUGGGUGUGGCAGAUGUCCUACAAACAUGUCUUUUGAUGACUAGUGCUGCCGUUUUAUGGGUGUCUCAAAAAGAAACAGAUUCUUAUAUGUCUCUCUAGUAACAUUAUUUCUAUUUGGUUUGGGAUAUUGGAUCUGUGGAUUUAGAAUAAACAAUGAAGCGAAAUGGAAUGGAUAUCAAGAAGAAACUUUUAUUAUUAUUGUUAUUAUUUGAUUUAUUUGAUGGUGAGUCUUUUCUAUUCCCUGAAUACCAUCCCAUCCUUCACUGUUGAUUAUGGAAAUAAAAUUACUACUACUCUAUUUGUC